AUGUAGAGCUAAAAUUUAAUUGGAGUGAUUUUAAUCUUAUUAUUUAACUUAGUUUAUUCUGAUAACAGAGGAAUAACAGUUUUGAGUUGCCAAUCAGAUGAUGGGCUUUGCAAUGAUAGUACUUGUGGCUUUUCUGGCACUGUAGCUGACAAUUGGAUUGUAUAAGGGAAUGGUUGCGUAAUCGCCGAUUGUAGUAAAUUAACAGAAACUAAUGCAAAUAUAUCUAUAAAUGCAUGCUCUUCAUGUUAUAAUAGUGGUAAAACUAAAUUACAACCUUCACCUAAAAUUUGUGUUCCUACAAAUACAAUAAGCAAUUCAAGCAUUAUUAACUACAGUUUGUUAUUAUUGAUAAUUUUGACUAUUUGA